GCGGCUAUGGAAGCCAACUGAGAAGUUUGCAGUCUAUUUCGAAGAAAAACGCAGGCUGGCACGAGAAGUCAACAUGGAAGAUGACGAGCUGCUGGACGGACUUAUUGUUGGCAUUCCGGCGAUAAAUCUACGCAAUCAGGCCAAGCUUCAGUGUUUCGAGAACCCAGGAAGGAUGCUUAAAGCAUUUGCCAACAUAAUGUUGCCGGUAAGGGCUGCUGGAGAGAAGGAGAUGCACAACGCGAAGGAUGAGCUGGCGAACAAGGAGACGCGUUGCUUUAACUGCAACGGUAAAGGGCACUGGGCUCGAGACUGCAUCAAAUCAAAGAGGACUCCUGGGUCUUGCUAUGGAUGUGGGGCGAUGGAUCACAUGAUCAGCAAGUGCCCCCAAAACAAGAAGGAUGCGGCAAAUAAUUACAAUGCUUGAUCGAUUCAGGAAGCCCAGUAUCUUUGAUAAAAUUUUCUUAUGUACCCAAAAAUAUUAGAUUAGAGCCUCAUGAAGAGCUAUAUUAUGGAUUAAAUAAAAGCAUACUAAGAAGUUAUGGAAAAAUGUUAUGUUA